UGUAUUUCCUAUCAUUGGGGGAGUUGGACAUUAGAGAGCUAAACCCUGGAACACUCGUUCCAGAAGCAAAACCACAAAGGAAAAAGACUAAUUUGAGAGAAAGUAAAAGGAGCAUUGAAGAUGAACAAGAAGGAGGUGUUUAAGCUAGCAAAGGGAUUCAGGGGAAGAGCGAAGAAUUGCAUAAGAAUAGCAAGAGAGAGAGUGGAAAAGGCUCUUCAGUACUCUUACAGAGAUCGCCGGAACAAGAAGCGCGACAUGCGUGGUCUUUGGAUCCAGCGGAUCAACGCUGGCACCAGACAGCAUGGAGUGAACUAUGGUAAUUUUAUGCAUGGACUGAUGAAGGAGAACAUCCAACUCAACAGGAAAGUUCUUUCGGAGCUUUCAAUGCACGAACCAUAUAGCUUCAAGGCCCUAGUCGAUAUCUCACGCAAUGCUUUCCCUGGAAAUAAGGCAGUUGCACCUCCCAAAAAGGAAGGACUUGGUAUUCUCAUUUAAUCCAUUUUAUCGGUUAUGUUUUCCUAUUCAUGUUGCGUUGAAAAACCUUGAAAUUCAUAUCCUGUGCUCUCUCUUCUGCAUCCUAACUUUAUUCUAGGAGGGUUUUUGUAUUAAUUUCAACAGAUGAUAGCAGCAACUUCCACAGAAUUGUAUUAUUGGUGAAUGCUUUUGGUUCCUUUAAGAGGAGGUGUUUAAGCUUC